AUGCCCGCAUACAUUUGUCCAACAAGUCUUUUUCACAGAAUGCGUCCACGAAUACAUACGCCGUCAAAGGCAAUAGCCUCCAUCCUCCGAUGUAAAAGGACUCCCCUCCGAAAUCGACCAUAUGCCACCGCGGCAGCAGCGUUCACGCCAGCUGCUUCGCACGAGCAAAUGACCAAAGCAUCUCCUCCCAUAUCUCGCUUUCCCUCCACCCAACCACCAUCCUACAAACCUCCCGAGUUCCGCAAAUCUCAACUCCUCAGAAAAUAUGCUUCGCUACUUCGCUCAACACCCCUCAUGCUCCUCUUCCAACACAAUAACCUCAAAGCUAUGGAGUGGUCGGCCAUCCGUCGCGAACUCGCUAUUGCCCUCCGCAAAGUUGAUGCAGCCCGCGAGGCAGAAGGCCAGCCCCACCUCAAUCUCGCAGAUGGUAUCAAACUCGAAAUCGUACAAACAGGAAUUCUCGCCGCCGCUCUCCGCAUCGUCGAAUUCUAUAAACCCGAUUCCCAAGUUUCAAAGUUAGAUCCCACAGAUCCAGCAACUCCUUCUUCUGCGACUUUACCAAUUGUAAAUGCAAAGGGUGAUGGGUUGACACAUACUCUUUCGAGCGCGGCUCAUGAAGCUAUUUCGGAUAGGAAAAUUAGGAAUGCCCAUGAUCUUUCACCGUUAUUGGCUGGCCCAGUUGUACUUCUAACGUUCCCUGGUGUCUCGCCGCAACAUAUGAAGACGGCUUUGACCAUUUUGUCACCUAGCGCUCCAUUGUUCCCUGCUCCUAAAAAGAGGGCGAAUCCAGGGUGGCAUGAUCCUACAGUUCAAAGUGGGUUACAAAAGUUAUUGUUACUAGGAGCGAGAGUAGAGGGUAAGGUGUUCGACGUUGAUGGUACCAAAUGGGUUGGAAGCAUUGAGGGCGGUCUGGACGGUUUACGAGGCCAGUUGGUGGCCAUGUUACAAGGUAUUGGUGGUGGAAUUACAAAUACUUUGGAGAGCGCUGGAAAGAGUCUAUACUUCACCGUUGAAGGUAGAAGGUCGAUGCUGGAAGAUGAGGCAAAGGGGCCUUCUGAGGAAACUCCUAAGGAGUAA